GGAGGCAUUGAAGUGGGCUCAGACCAUCGCCACAUUCGAUGAUGUUUAGAGCACACCCUCCCGCUGCGGGACCACGACCCCGCUCCGCCGCCUCCGCAACCCCUGCGCGCCAGCACAAAGGUGGUGAAGGUCGGUCAAAGCGGUGUCGUAGUCCGUGCAACGAUGAACUGCGAUACAAAGAGCUUCAAAGGCACAAACAAAACCUGCAGCAGCGCGUGCGGCAACAAGUGGAGGUGCUGGCCGGCCUGGAGGAAAGCAUCUUAGAUUUUUACUACACGCACACCAUUCGUUAUGAGCCGCUGCUGCAACAACACGCAUCCUCACCGUCAACGUCCGCCUUGUCAGACGACGUCAUCAAACUCUUCCCGGAGCUGAGCGGCCCAUUAGUCGGCGGCGACGACUCCGCCGCUGGUCGAGCGCCCUCUGCUGUUCCUUCCAAAACUCGCUACUACUACGACAGUGCACUGAUGCGGCUGUACCGUGAGGCGGCCAUACAGGAACGCGAUCUUGCUCAGCUGUACGCGGGAGAGGAAGCGAAGGUCACCGCCACGGAGCGGCAGAUUCAGAACGACAUCAUCGAUGGCGCUCUUGCUUCUCAACUCAGCACAGAACGCGAUGCGCGUGAGGCGUUGAGCAAAUUGCAAGCUGCGCUGGCCACACUUCAGUCGAAGUGCAGCGAACGUGAGGCGUCCAUCGGAGACGUGGAGGCGACCAUCGAAGCCACGGAGAAGGCAGUGGAGGCGUGCACGAAGCGCAAGGCGCUACUGGAGGCGAAGAAGCAGGAGCAGAUGGACAAUGCGGAAAAGAUCAAGGAGGAGGUCGCGGUGUUUCGCCGUUCCGUCGAGGCCGCCGCGCGUGAGUUAGAAAAGCGCACUCGCAACAACCAGAGCCUGGAGGAAGAGAUUGCCCGGCGGAAGGCUUUGCUGCGUCGCAGGCGGAAAGAGUGA